AUGUACAACAUUGACUUUGCUGAACCUCUCUGGAUGGUCAACUAUUACCAUUUUAUCGGAAUUUCCUCGCUGAUAGGUAACAUAUUCGGGAUAUACCUGCUAAUCUACCAAACAAAAGAGCUUGGGGAAUUUCGGUACUAUCUGCUACUCUUUCAGGUGGUUUGUACAGCAACUGACUUGAAUCUCACAACCUUCAUGAAAUUCUUGCCAUACUAUCCGAUCAACGCUCUCGGAACGAUCGGCUAUUGCUCUCAAUGGUUCAAUAUGCCCACUCAUUAUUGCAUGCUUGUCUGCCUAAUACUCACAUACUACGAGUCGGAAUGCCUGGCUCUAUGCUUCUUCCAAAAGCAUCAAAAAAUUGCGAGCGUCAUCGCUGUGCAUGUGUUUCCAGUAUAUGCUAAAAUAAUUGGUGCGCUGAUAUUCCUCGCAUUUCCAGUGUAUCCGAUGAUUGCCAUGCAGAUUCUGGAUGUAGGACCGGAAAAGCAAUUGGAGUAUAUCAAAAGGGAUUUUCCCGAUUACUACGCCGGAUUCUCUACUGUACCACAUUUUGCAAUCUACCUUGAUUCACCGCUGUUGUACAGUGUUUACUCUGUGGUUUUGCUAACUAUGGGUACUAUUUUUGCAUCUUUGGUAUUUGUCAACACUGAUCUGAUUCGCUUGAUGGUCCGCUUGAAGCCCCAAAUCUCACCGCAGAACUACCAAAAACACGUGGAGGCAAUCCAAAGCCUGAUUGUACAGAUGUUAGUUGCCGGUCUGUGUGCGUUGCCACUGUUUGGUGUAGCCUUCAUUCUGGCUUUUCAACUCAAGAAUGGACAAUUUAUUGGGAGAAUCAUGUUCGUGCUGUGGACUUGUCAUUCUACUAUUAACAUGAUUUCUCUGUUCAUUUUUUUUCCGCCAUACCGUCGAUAUUUGUUCAAAAAGUUGAGAAUAAAUCGACGAAGCCUCUUCCAAGUUGCCGCGUCAUCUGUUAUGACGUGA